AUUGAUGGGCUGGGUUUAGUUUUAGCUGUUGCCAGUUUGCGUAGAGUCUGACGCGGGCUAACUACACUACUAGAUAGCAUGCGAGAGGCGAUAAACGCCCGGCGUUGCAUCUUCUGGUGCCUCCGAGGUACGCAGAGCAUGCGGAUCGAUCAGACUGUGCUUUGCAACGGAGCAGAGAAAACCAUUCAAAAUUGCUGACCUUCAUUGCCCGUUAAGUUGGUCAUAUCCUUUGUGAGACGAACAAACACUCGAGAAGUU